AUGGCUUGUAGAAAUACGCGUAUAAACACUGGGGGUGUCGAAGGUAACAACGACGGUGGUGGCAAUAACAUGGAUAGGGCUAUCCAAGUAAUGGCUGACAUGGCAGUUUUGAUUGCACAACAAACUGCUGCGAAGAAUCAGAGAGAUCUUCGAAAACAACAGAGGGAGGAACAAGCAGCUGAAUCGAAAGGGUUAGGGAACUUUAGACGUCAUGAUCCUCCACAGUUUCACGGAGAUGCGGAGCCAGAAAAAGCUGACUUGUGGCUUCAAGAAAUCGAGAAAAUUUUUAAUGAGCAGGUUGACGAGGAUUGGUUAUGUGAAAGAUUUGAGGGUGGAUUAAGACAUAACAUCAAGGAAUCUGUCUUGCCUUUGGAGAUUCGUCAAUUCCAACCUCUGGUGGAAAAAUGUAGGAAAAUAGAAGCGAUGAAGGAAGGUGGAAUCAGCCGAGGAAAUGCUGGGGGACCAUCUAGGUCUAAGUAUCCAACUUCGGGAUGGAUUGCAUCUGCAAUUGGAAAUGGGUUAGAUAGGAAUCAAAAUCAAGAAACUACUCGGAGGUGCUUCAAAUGUGGGAAACAAGACCAUUUGGCUAACACUUGUCCUGUGAAAGGAAUGGUGUGUUUCAAAUGUGGAAAGAUAGGACACAUGGCUAGGGAAUGCAUGGAUGCGAAAGCUGAACCAGUGAUGAGUAAUGUGAGAGCUGCAAAGCAAAAGGAGAAAGGAAGGGUUUAUACUAUAAGUGGCGUUGAAGCUUCUCAGUCUGAAAAUCUUAUACAAGGUAGAUGCGAGAUGUCUGUCCUCUCUCGUCCCGACACCGCGAAACUCCCUGUCAUCGUUCAAAACCUCGGUCUCGAAUACGACGAGAAAGUCCUCCCUUCGAUCGGUAACGAAGUUCUGAAAUCUGUUGUGGCGCAAUUCAAUGCUGAUCAGCUCCUUACUGAACGUCCUCAGGUUUCUGCCCUUGUUAAGGAGACUCUUGUCCGACGUGCUAGGGAUUUUAACAUCCUUCUCGACGAUGUGGCGAUCACACAUUUGUCUUUGUGUUGGAAGUUUGUUACUGGUGGUAACUGUCGGAGAUGUUUGGAGGAUGUGGUUACUAGGAUUGGUUCUUCGUGUAGGAAGAAAGAAGAUGGACGGGCUUUGAAUUCUGGUUGUUAUUUGAGGCAUUCACCACACAAGUUCUAUAACAAUUCAAGUAGUAAUGAUGUUGCUGCUGGAAAUCGCGGACACCGAAAAAUGGCUAUAAUAUUGGCUGCAUCUUCUGCUGUCUUGGCUCUUCUUUUGGUUACUGCAACAAUGGGUUUCUGUAUAAGAAAGAAUGUAAUGAGGAAAAGAAGAGAGAGAAAACAAUUUGGGACACUUUUGGAUACAGUGAAUAAAUCCAAGGUAAAUGUUCCAUAUGAAAUUCUUGAAAAAGCAACAAAUUACUUCAAUGAUGACAAUAAGCUAGGACAAGGAGGAUCAGGUUCAGUUUAUAAAGGAGUUAUGCCAGAUGGUAAUACUGUGGCUGUUAAAAGGCUUAGUUUUAACUCGACGCAAUGGGUGGAUCAUUUCUUCAAUGAGGUUAAUUUGAUUAGUGGAGUUCAUCACAAAAAUGAUGAGAGAAGAAAGAAUACUUACACGUCGGAGUCACUCCGCCAACGCUUCAAUCGUGAUUCAGGAGAGAGUGACGCUGCUAUAUUGAUUUCCGAGGCUACUGCUGCGGCUGGGAUGGGGUUGGUUGAGCUUAGGAGGAUUGAAGCUUCCAGGGAAGUUGCUGGAACGCUUGCGAAAUCGCCUAAUGUUACUUAUCUUCCUGGUGGAAACAACAUGAUGAUGGCUCUUAAUCCUGCUGGUUGA